AUGGGUUCAGGAUGCCCGUUAGAGAACCAACGGAGGAACAGCCAAUACGGACAAGCAGCGCUGGAGACGGGGCGUCCGCUCCGCGCCCCGCGCUGCCGGCACCGCGCACCCGCGGGGCUCCAGCGCCACCUGCCGCGGCCGCCGCGCAGGACGAGCCCCGAGGGGGCGGGGAGCGGGGGGAUCCCCGGGACCCUCCCCCGUCAUCACAGAGUGAUGGGAGCAGGGAUGGCGGAUCGGGUUGAGCUGGUGUUUGCCGCUUCGAUUGAGUCGCAGAAUGCUGGAAUCACUUCGUCUGUAGCCACCACCGGGGCUGGGGGGGCUCUGGCGAACCGCUGGUCCCGGGCCAACACGUGCGUGGGCUCCUCAGCGGAUCCCCACCCGGCAGCCAGCGAGCAGCGGGGCUCCGGCUGCCGGCGAACAGACGCGGGGAGGGUGCAGGACCCUGCUCCCCCCGCCCGCUCACCGCAGCACGCUGCACGGCUCCUGCAGCGGGCCGUCCCCGGCCAACACGCGUGUGCGCGGCGGCCCCGCGCUGCCGGCUCCCCGCGCCGGGGUCCCGCGGAGGUGCGGCCGCCGCCGCCCGGGGGGCGGGGAUCCGCGCGGGGAGGCUCGCACCGCCCACAGCCGACGGCGCCGCGGCGAGGAGGCGGCCCCGGCCGUGCCCAGGAGGCGGGCGGGCGGCAGGGAGCGCGGCUCAUGGCGGCGGCGGCGGCGGCGGCUGCGGCGCGCUGUCUCCGCGGCGUCCGGCGCCUCCUGCCCGCGGGCGCCCGGCGGGAGAGCUGCGAGCUGGCCCGGCUGGCGGGGCCCGUGUUUGUUGCCCAGCUGCUGGGGCUGUUGAUCAGCGUGGUCAGCUCCAUCUUCUGUGGCCACCUGGGGAAAGCCGAGCUGGAUGCUGUGACGUUGGCUGUGUCCGUGAUCAAUGUGACGGGCAUCUCCAUUGGCUCCGGUUUAGCCUCAGCAUGUGACACCCUGAUGUCCCAGACAUAUGGUGGCAAGAACCUGAAGCAGGUGGGCACCAUCCUGCAGCGAGGGAUCCUCAUCCUGCUGCUGUGCUGCUUCCCUUGCUGGGCACUCUUCAUCAACACCGAGCGCAUCCUCCUCCUCAUCCAGCAGGACCCCGAGGUUGCCAGGUUAACUCAGGUCUAUGUGAUGAUUUUCAUUCCAGCUCUUCCUGCGGCGUUUCUGUACCAGCUGCAGACAAGAUAUUUGCUAAGUCAGGCCAUCAUUCUGCCUCAGGUGUUGACAGGGAUUGCAGCCAACAUCCUCAACGCAGCCAUGAACGCCUUCUUCCUGUAUGGGCUGAAGCUGGGCAUGGUGGGCUCUGCCUGGGCUAACACUGUUUCUCAGUACACACAAGCCAUUCUCCUCUUCCUCUAUGUGUGGUGGAAGAAGAUCCACGUGGAGACCUGGGGAGGUUGGACCAGGGAGUGCCUCUUGGACUGGGGCUCCUUUAUCCAGCUGGCAGUGCCUGGCAUGUUCAUGAUGUGCAUUGAGUGGUGGACCUUUGAGAUUGGGAGCUUUUUGGCAGGGCUGCUCAGUGUGGUGGAGCUGGGUGCACAGUCUGUAAUCUAUGAGCUCUCCUCUGCAGCAUACAUGGUGCCUCUGGGCUUCAGCGUGGCCGUGAGUGUCAGAGUGGGCAACGCCUUGGGCUCAGGGGACGUGGUGCAAGCCAAGACCUCCUGCGUCACUGCGCUGCUAUGUGCAGGUGUUUUUGCUGUGGUGGUUGCAACGUUGCUGGGAAUCCUGAAGGAUGUGGUGGGAUACAUCUUCACCAAUGACAAGGAGAUCACUGUCUUGGUGUCCAAAGUGAUGAUCAUCUUUGCUCCGUUCCACUUGUUUGAUGCCACAGCAGCCACAUGUGGCGGGGUGCUGCGGGGCACGGGGAAGCAGAAGCUGGGCGCCAUCGCCAACGCCGUCGGCUACUACGGCAUCGGGCUGCCCGUCGGCAUCUCCCUCAUGUUUGCAGCCAAGAUGGGGGUGUUGGGUCUCUGGGUGGGGAUGGUCAUUUGCAUCUCUCUGCAAGCCCUUUCCUUCUCCACUUUUGUCCUGCGCAUGGAUUGGAAGAAAGCUGCAGAAGAGGCUCAAGUCCGAGCUGGACUGAAAAAACAGCUGGAAGAUGUGAACUCCAAUGGCACAGCUGCUAACAAAACCUCUGCUGUGGAUUACAUCUCCGUCGACACGGACACUGUGGACACCGUGGACACCGUGGUCCUGCCCCAGAGCAUCGUGGCAGAUGAGAAGCAACCUGACCUGCAGCUGAUGGCACAGGAGGAGCCUGCUGCCCUCCCUACUCCUGCUGCUCUGCCAUGGAGGACGCUCAUCAUCCGCCGUGUCGUGGCUGCUGCUGCUGCCGUGGCUGUCCUGCUGCUGGGGGUACUGCUCCGGCUCCUGGCUGGCAAUGGUUAGAGCCAGUGGCACUGGGGAGCUGUGUGUGGAGCUGAUGUCUCAGGAGGAUGGUGCUGGGAUGAGGACUUUCUCCUUGGUUUCUUGUAGAGAGUCACUUUGCUCGGUUUCUGGGUAACUCGUGAUGUUUUAUCCCACACUCAGUAUUCUUAAAGGGGUGAGGAAGAAAAUGUUGGUCCCUGGGAAGAAAAAGUGCUUGAGAGCUGGUCUCUCUGCACUGCACCAGGGGGGCAGUUGAUGGGCAGGGGUGUAGCCUGGGGCUGGCCAGGGAAGGAGGGAGCAACUUUGUGCUGCUGUCCUGCUUCCAACUCUUUGGGGGCAUGUGUCCAUGUCAUUUGCUAAUUCAUGGCAGAUGCUGUUGCUGCCCCCAGCAUGGUUCCUCACACACCAGUCUGUUCCAGCAUCAUGGCAGGGCACAGCCCUCUCGCUGCCUUGAGGCUCAUUGUGUUGGGAGCUGGCUGCCUGUUGCUGGGGCUUUGGGUGCUGGCUGCUGGCCUUGCUCUCCCUGCUGUGAGACAGGCACAGGGCCUAAAGUAACUCUUCUUUGCACUUUUGUAAGGUGGGAUUUUGAUACAAUAAAGUUUUCUGAGUAAA